UAUUUGUACAGAUUUUGUUGCUGAAGUUUAAACUCGUUGGACAGAAGAAGGUUUGAGAACUGGAAACUGUGAACAAUAAAAAUCGAAGGAGGAAAAGGGAUUUGGUUUUAUUGGAGAGUGUGAACUGUUUAGCAGCGCCUGAGAUUACAAACUGGGAUCUGGGUUUUCUUGUUGGGGUGAAUUUGAGCAGACAAUGGAAGAAAUAAGAUCGGCGAUGGAGCAGCAGAUGGAUCUGAUGUCGGAUCUGAUCCAGAAACUCUCCGGAGAUCUCCGAACCGGAUUACAACCUGCCUACGAGAAUUUCAUGGGUUUUUUCCACGCUAUUGAUUGGAAGGAACCUUGGAUUAUGGGAUUAAUGGCGUUUCAUUCUCUGGUGCUAAUUGUGACUCUUAUUUCGAGAAGGCAUUUCAACUUCCAUAUGUUCUUGUUCUUAUUGGCUUUGGGUGGAGUAUACUAUGCAGAGAGUCUCAACCGGGUCUUGAGAAAAAACUGGAAGAGCUUCUCAACUCAAAACUACUUUGACCCGCAGGGAGCCUUCCUAUCUGUUCUCUGGUCAGGGCCACUUCUUGUAAUUGCAAUGAUAAUCCUGAUAAACACACUUUUAUCGCUUUGCUACCUUAUUGUAAAAUGGAAAAGAGCUGAGCUCAGGCAUCGUGCAAGGGUUGCUCGUUCCAAGCAGGAAUAGAUCCAAACUCUCUCUCUUUCUCUUUCUCUUAAUCACAUCCUUUUUCUCACAUUUAUAUAUACUCUCACUUUGUAAACCAACCCUUUUCUAUUUUGUGGUUCGUUUUGAAAUG